GCCCCGCCCCGCUGCACCCGAGCGGAAGCACCGCGGCUGGAACGCUGGCUGCGGGGGACCCAGGAGCCGACCGUCCGGAGCCGAGGACGUCCACCGGGAUCGCCAAGCAGGAUGGCUUUGGGGAUCUUUGCAAAUUGUACGUUUUGCUUGAAAGUCAAACACUUACCUCGUCAAGAGAAGAAGAAGCUGCAGGCUGAUAUCAAGGAGAAUGGAGGAAACUUUUCAUUUUUAUUAAAUCCUCAGUGCACACAUGUGAUCUUAGACAAUGCUGAAAUCCUGAGUCGGUAUCAGCUGAGCUCCAUCCAGAAGAAUGAUGUCCAGAUUGCAAGCCCAGAUUUCAUAUGGGACUCUGUCAAGCAGAGGAGACUCCUGGACGUGAAGAACUAUGAUCCCAAGUCACUGGCUGUCGUGUCCCCUCCAGGUGACGAGAGCUGUGUUGAGGUGGGAAUAGAAGAUGUGUCUUUGGACAACACACCAGAGAAUGAAAACACUGACGUCACCCAGGUUUCUGCGGAAAAUGUCGAAAUUCCUCAUUUUCUUCAAGACUUUGAAGUUGUGAAGUAUAAUGUCUUGGAAAAAGUGGGAGCGGACAGAGGCCUGGAGACUGUGGUAGUAGAGCUGCAGUCUUCCCAGGACCCCGGGGACUGCCCCUUUGUGAUAUCAGCGCACUUCCUCCUGGCUGACCGCGUGCAGACGAGAAGAGAGAGCACCGGAAAGCAGACCUCUGAAGGCGCCAGUGAAUAUUAUGAACGCUACAUUGAAGACCUGAAGAGACAAGGAUUUCUGCUCCGAGAGCUCUUCACAGCGGAAGCAACACAAUUAGCAUCUGAAAAGCUGCAAGCAUUGCUUUUGGAGGAGGUCAUAAGUUCAGGCGCUUUGAGCCAGGAGGUGAGCGCUUUGGUGGAGAUGAUCUGGGCAGAAGCUCUGGGGCACCUGGAGCACACACUUCUCAAGCCGGUGAACAGCAUAAGCCUGAAUGACGUGAGUAAAGCAGAGGGGGUUCUCCUUCUCAUAAAAACAGCGCUGAAGAAUGGAGAACCAGCAGAGCAACUGCAGAAGACGAUGGCCGAUUUCUACCGACUGAUUCCUCACAAACACCCAGCAUCUGAAGAAGUUAACCUGAGGUUGUUAGCGCAGAAAGAGGACCUUUGUCAGCUGGUGAGAGACAUGGUGAAUGUUUGUGAAACUCAUCUAUCCAAACCCAACCCACCGUCUCUUGCCAAGUACCGAGCCUUGAGAUGCAAAAUCGAACAUGUUGAACAGAAUACUGAGGAAUUUUCCAGGGUUAGAAGAGAAGUGUUGCAGAGUAAUCACGGUCAGAGUCCAGGAGAUGUCUUGCAGAUAUUUAGAGUUGGCAGAGUGAACGAAGCCACAGAGUUUUUGAGCAAACUGGGCAAUGUGAGGUCCUUAUUCCAUGGAUCUCCCGUGCGGAACAUUCUUGGAAUCUUGUCCCGAGGACUGCUUUUACCUAAAGUAGCCGAAGACCGUGGUGUGCAAAGAACAGACCCUGGAAAUCUGGGAAGCGGCAUUUACUUUAGCGACUCACUCAGAACAAGCAUUAAGUAUUCACACGCGGGAGAGACAGAUGGCUCCAGACUCCUGCUUGUCUGUGAUGUUGCCCUGGGAAAGUGUAUGGACUUAUUCAAGAAGGACUUUUCUUUGACCGAGGCACCUCCGGGCUAUGACAGUGUGCAUGGAGUUUCGAAAACAGCCUCUGUCCCCACAGACUUUGAGGAUGACGAAUUUGUUGUUUAUAAAACCAGCCAAGUUAAAAUGAAAUACAUUGUUCAAUUUCGCAUUCCUGGAGACCGAAUAAAGGACUUCCAUCCUGAUGAAAAUACUGAAUUAGAGGAACACAGAGCUGAGCCUUCAAAUGUUUCAAAGGUUGAAGAUUUCCAGUUACCAGAUGACAAGCCCUUCACCAAUGUCAAAGCUGGCCUUCAGGACAAAUCUGCGAACUCUAUCCCUCUUGACAGUGUUCACAUCAAAGGAAGAAUAAUAGACUUUGUAGCUCAGGUAUGCGUUUUGUGGUUUUAUGACAUGGAAUUAAAUGAAUAUGAGUCACAAAUAAGAAUGUGUUGGGCAUGGCGCCUCACACCUGUGGCCUCAGCAGAGGCAGGAGGAUUGUUGCAACUUCAAGGCCAGUCUGGGAUAAAAGAGAAGGAAGAGGCCCAGCAGAAAUACCGGGAGGCUGUCAGCCAAGGCCAUGGCGCUUACUUGAUGGACCAGGACACUCCGGAUGUUUUCACUGUCAGCGUUGGAAACCUUCCCCCUCAGGCUAAGGUCCUCAUCAAAAUCACCUACAUCACAGAACUCAUCUUCCAGAGCCCUGUAGCUGUCUUCCUCAUGCCCGCCACCGUAGCGCCCUGGCAACAGGACAAGGCUUUGAAUGAGAACCUUCAGGAUACAGUGGAGAAGGUCUGUAUAAAGGAAAUAGGAACGAAGCAAAGCUUCUCCCUGGCUAUGUCCAUCGAGAUGCCCUACAAGAUUGAAUUCAUCUCCAGUGACACACACGAACUGAGACAGAAGAGCACCGACUGCAAAGCUGUGGUUAGCACCGAGGAAGGCUGUUCCUUAGACAGCAGUGGAUUUUCUCUCCACAUUGUUCUGCGUGAUGCGUAUCUCCCAAGAAUGUGGGUUGAAAAACAUCCAGAAAAAGAAAGUGAGGCUUGCAUGCUUGUCUUUCAACCGGAUCUGGCGGCCACCCUUCCUGACCUCCGCGCAAAGAAUGAAGUGAUUAUUUGUCUUGACUGUUCCAAUUCCAUGGAGGGUGUUACAUUCAUGCAAGCCAAGCAAGUUGCCCUGUACGCUCUGUCUCUGGUGGGUGAGAAGCAAAAAGUGAACAUUAUGCAGUUUGGCACAGGUUACAAGGAGCUAUUUUCCUAUCCUAAGUACAUUACAGACAAUAAAGUGGCCACAGAGUUCAUUAUGUCCGCAGCAUCCGCCAUGGGGAACACAGACUUCUGGAAAGUUCUCCGCUAUUUAAGUCUACUGUACCCUUCUGAAGGGUUCCGGAACAUUCUCCUCAUAUCUGACGGGCACCUCCAGAGUGAAAGCCUGACACUGCAGCUUGUGAAGAGAAACAUCCAUCACACCAGGCUGUUCACCUGUGCUGUUGGUUCUACAGCAAACCGUCACAUCUUAAGGACCUUGUCUCAGUGUGGUGCUGGAGUAUUUGAGUAUUUUAACUCAAAAUCCAAGGAGAGUUGGAAAAAACAGAUAGAAGCCCAAAUGACCAGGAUGUGUUCCCCGAGCUGCCACUCUGUGUCUGUCAAGUGGCAGCAGCUCAGCAGAGAUGCCCCUGAGCCUCUGCAGGCUCCAGCCCGGGUGCCUUCCUUGUUUCACAACGACAGACUCCUUGUCUACGGAUUCGUUCCCCACUGUACCCAGGCAACUCUGUGUGCACUCAUCCAAGAGAAGGAAUUUCAUACAAUGGUGUCAACUACCGAGCUUCAGAAGACAACUGGGACUAUGAUUCAUAAACUGGCAGCUCGAGCGCUGAUCAGAGAUUAUGAGGACGGUAUUCUCCAUGACAAUGAAACCAACCAUGAGAUGAAGAAAAAAACCAUGAAGUCUCUGAUUAUUGAACUCAGUAAAGAAAAUUCUCUAAUUACACAAUUUACAAGCUUUGUGGCAGUUGAGAAAAGGGACGCUAAUGAGAUUCCUUUUGAUAAUGCCCCAAAUAUUUUGGAACUUGUUGCCAAAGAAGAUGUAGACUUUCUGCCAUACAUGAGUUGGCAGGAAAAGUUCCCAGACCCCUUCGUAACACAGGCAGAGUCUGAGUGUUUGGAACUAGAGCAGGAUGACGUCACCAACGGCAGCCAACCACUACAGGAGCCUGAAACAAACAUCAGAUACUUUGCAGCCGGUGCUCCAUUAGGCAGGUUUGCCUCACCUGAGCCCUUCUCGGUCUCCUCUGAAGGGAAGGAGAAACAGCUACAUUUGACUAAAAAACUCAAAAAAAAGCUAAGGAGAAGUUUUCAAGAAGUUUCUGAAGAUUUUGAAUGCGUGACCCCAGAGCCACAGUCUCCUGCAGCAGCAGAGUCUCUCAAGGUCCACUCACAGUCGGAAGGUGUGGGCCGGCCAUCAGGUGUGACUCAUCUGGUGUCGCAGAGAAGAGAGGGGGGAUUUAAAAGAAGUCUGUUGGCGACUAAAGCAACACGCGGGGCUGCUCCCAUGGAUUUGUCUGCUCCUGCAGAUCUGUUUUCUUUCCUUUCUCCCCGCAGCUCCCAGUCUGCUUCGUUCUCUCCUCCAGGCUACGUUCCCAGAGCUCCUCCUCUUGCUGCCCCUCUCCCUGGUGGCACCCACUUUCCUCUCCCUCCCUCUCUCCCUGGUGCCCCCUGUCUUCCUCCCGCUCCCGCUCCCGCUCCCCCUCCCUCCGGUGUUGCUAGUCUUCCUCCUCCUACCCCUCUCCUUUUUGGCAGCCAUUUUCCUCCUCCUCACGGAAAAUUCAUCCCAGACAACUCACCUGUGUUUGGCCAAAGCCUUAAUCCUGUAGGAGGUACCAACAUCUUCCAUGAUUCAGAGUCUCCUCCCGGGCAUCUUUUCUCGGGCUUUGGCAGUGUUACUGCUUUCUCAGGUGGUUUCUCCAGUUCAAAGAAAGUUUCCCCAAGGCCCGACGAGGCACCUUAUCUAAAGUCUAUGGCAGUUCUUCGCUGUCCUCCUCUCUCCAGAGUUCUUUGCUCUGGGCAUCCCCGUAGGCCUUCACAAAGUGGCUCUGGGCAUCCCCGUAGGCCUUCACAAAGUGCCUCCCUCCCUCGGGGACCUGAGGACAGAAUCGCAGAUACCAAAAUGGAUUCAGGUGAAUCAGCUUUCCCCUUUGAGUCUCUCUUAAAUCGUUCUGCCAGCGCUGCGCCAUCAGAUGGCUUAGACGGCCUGGGUUUUCAAGACAUGGUUUUGCCUGCCUCAUUCGAAGCAAAAAUGGAUGAAGCGGAAAUUGAGGAAGCAAUAAGAUAUAAAGCGUGCAAGAUAGAGACUUAUGCAUCAAACGACGCUUGUGCAGAGGAAGAUGAGGAAUGGACGCUCUGCGAAAGCGCUUCCACGGAAGAAGAUGAGGGAUAUGUGGUCUCUGAAAGCUUUCCUGCACCGUGGACUUCGCUCUUUGCCCUACAAACCGAGGAUGGUUUCUGGAAACUGACACCAUCACUAGGAUUUAUACUAAAACUUAAUGUAAAUAUUCUACACAAUUUUCUUGAAGAAAAAGGCAUUCGAUCUCUAGGUACAAAAGGAAGAGACUGUCUCCUGGACCUAAUUGCCACCUUGCUGGUACUGCAGUUUCUUCGUACCAGGUUGGAACAAGAAGGGAUGGUUGCCAAAUCACUGAUGAAGAUGGAUGACACCUUCAUCUCCAGGACUAUUCCAUGGGCUCUUGAGAACAUAAAGAAAGCAAGUGAAUGGGUCAGAAAGACAGAAGGCCAGUAUCCAUCCAUCUGCCAACGGCUUGAGCUGGGUAAAGACUGGGAGUCCGCCACGAAGCAACUGCUGGGGAUGCAGCCCCACACCAACAGCUCUCUCUACCGACUUCUGCAUUGCAAUCAGGGCUGAAUUCAAUGAAAUUUCAUUUUAAACAUUUCUCAUAUAUCUUUUUGUUGUUAUUUUUUUUUCUUUUUUUUUUUCUUUUUUUUUUUGGUAUUUUAAGGUAGGGUUUCUCUGUGUGGCCCUUGCUGUCCUAGAACUCACCCAGGCUGGCCUCGAACUCACAGAAUUCUGAUUUCCUUUGUCUUCCAAGUGCUGGGAUUAAAGGCGUGGUGCACCACCACCUGACUGCCUGUUCAUAUUUCUGUGUAGAAAAUAAUCAAAUAGUAAAAGGUACUGAUAAUGACAUGUAUUAGUAGUUUGGGGUUUUUUGUUUUGUUUUGGCUUUGUCUUUCAAUGUAGCUAUCAACCACUUUUAAAUAAAAUAAAUGGAAACAGGA